AUGGACAUGGUUCCAAGGAGGGAUAAAAGCGGCAGCGAAGGCGCCUCUGGCAAGUGUCAACGGCCGUUUCAACGGCUGUUUAACGAAGAACGACGACAGUCGUCGAAAGCCACGGUGUUACCUCGGGAAAGAGCUAAGAUCCGGUCUGCCCGCCCGACGAACAACUGCUCGCCUCGACUCGUCCACCUGUUGUUCCCCCACCACUCACUGUACACAAACACACAAACACGACCGACGGAAAGUGAGCGAAGUCAGCGCUUCGGUGUCACCGGCUUCACGACGACGGCCAGAGUACACAAACAGUCACCAUGUAUAGAUGAUGGCUGUUUUAAAGCGCUGUCUCCGUCUCCGUCGUCGUCGUCUACGGCCACGCAUGGUAGUGAGUUAUCACCGACUGGUGGUGGUGCCAUCGACCGCACGAUCGGCAUCGGCUGGCCUGCCGACCGGUCCACUGGUGUUGUAAACACCUUCGUCGUGUACGCACAAUCAGCUGGGGACCGGUUCUUCGACCAGGUAGAAAUCGUCACGCAUGGUGUGGCAAAGACUUUUGCAGGGAGUCGACUGGCGCAGCGUCUGAUUGGCCAGGAUCAGGCGUUUCUCGAACGAUCCCCUCGUAAGAUGCCAUGGAGAAUGAGCGACCGACCUCUUUCCAUUGCAUCGAACAGAGACCAACAUGGAAAACUGUUGCCGUGA